CUUCGACGUCCGAGUGGAUGCGGAGUGUGCACAGCACUCAUUUUGCCAUAUGAAGGGCAUUGCGGCCGUCUGGAGCGCGGCUGCCGCGACGGCAUCGGCUGCGUGCUCGUCCGCGCAACUCGCAACAGUUGCUUGGACACCACUGGGCGCCGCCAGCCCCGUCUCCCUCCGCAGCGCCGUCCACAACAACUCGGCCUGCAUUCAAGUGUCGCUCACGAACCAGCCCAACGCAACAUGGUUUGCUCUGGCCAUUGCCAAGUCGAGUAGCAUGAUCAACUCUCCACCGAACAACGCCAUUCUGUUCACAACCCACAAUGCGUCCGCCGCUCUCUAUGUUUUGGAGGACGCUGCGCCUCUUGGUGUGCAUUACGAAGCGCAUCCAGCGUCGUCAUGCCGCGUCGUCGAUACCGCCGCCUCCAACGGCGAGUUCACAUUUACCUAUGAACGUCCGCUUGCCGCAACUACCGCGUUCGACGUUCCGAUCAAGUUGAAUGAGCCCACGACCGUGAACUGGGCCGUGGGCUUUUCAGCGUUCCCCGACUACCACGACAUCCAAGGAUCUGCCCACGUGACGUUCACAGAUUCGUCCACGCCGCCGGCACUUUGUUCGGCCGCGUUGUUGGAGGAUGUGCUGCCCGUCCAACUCAACGACGGCCCGAUGUCCAUCCAAAGCAAAGUUGUCGAUGCAGCCACCGCGUGCAUCCAAGUGACCCUGACCAACUUGCCGUCGGCGACGUGGUUUGGGCUCUCCUUCGCCCCGACACCCAACAUGAUCAACUCGCCAACCAACAACGCGAUCGUGUUUAAUAUCGCAAACCACACCGCAAACACGGUCGAUCUCGUCAAGGCCGCGCCAGACUCUGUACUACCUUCCGCCAACCCAUCCGCUUCGUACACGAUUGUGCAUGCCUCGACGAUUGGCGGCACAACCACCUACGUACUAGAACGGCCGUUGGAGGCCACAACAGCAACCGACAUUGCGAUCUCGGUCGAAGCCCCCACGAUCGUCAACUGGGCCGUUGGCACGACCGCAUUCCCCGACUUCCACGACAUCCAAGGGUCGGCCGAGCUACAGUUUUCACCGCGCGGGGUCGUGGCCGUCGCUCCACGUGCCGCGCCAACGACCCCGGUGGUUGCAGCAGUCGCCAGGCUAUGCGACGAAGCGGCGGUGGCAUCGACUCCGUCUGUCCGUCUCGGCAACGGGCCCCUGUCGAUCCAAAGCGUCCUCGUCGGCAAGUCUGCGUGCGUUCGCGUCACGUCGGCCGACCCGUUGCUCGCUUGGUUCGGUCUAUCGUUCGCCCCCACGACAAACAUGAUCAACUCCCCGACCAACAACGCGAUCGUGUUCCAGCAACGCGACGUGUCCGUGCAAGUAUUCAACCUGCACGACUCUGCGCCGAACGCUGUCGUCCCGCACGCCAACUCGACCGCGUCGAUCCGCUUGCUCCAUCUGCCACCGACACGGACGUCGCUCUCUCGAUCAACGAUUCGGUUCCGACCAUCCUGA